UAAAACAGAGUCUCGCGCACCGUGCACCAGUCCCGCGGUGCCACAGAGCGCACAGCGGACACCAGAGCAACAGCGCAGGAGGACGAAGCGCUGCUCGUGGAUAUACUGCGUUAGAGGAUCACACAGCACGACCCAACUUCAACCCUUUUCAACAAAAAACCUGAGUCCAGACCUGAGUCCAGACCUGAGUCCAGACCUGAGUCCAGACCUGAGUCCAGAGCCAUGCCUCCUACGCGGGAGAAGAUGAGGCCGUGGCUGGAGAGGCAGAUCAACUCCAACACUGUGUCUGGGCUGAACUGGAUCAAUAAGGAGAAGAACAUGUUCUCCAUUCCCUGGAAGCACGCAGCUCGACACGGCUGGACCAUGGACCAAGACGCAUCACUGUUCAAGAUGUGGGCCAUUCACACAGGGAAAUACGUGGCGGGUCAGAAGUGUAACCCCAAAAUCUGGAAGGCCAACUUCCGCUGCGCGCUGCACUCGCUCCCCGACGUGGAGGAGGUGAAGGACCGCAGCAUCCAGAAAGGACACGCCGCCGCCAGAGUCUACAGGAUGUUACCACAGGCCAGGACCCCCACAGACAUACGAAGGAAAAACACCAAAACCAAGUCAAAAAGGAAGAUCAAAAAGGAGGAAGCCGACCCAGACUAUGAGCCCAGUUAUGGAGACAGUGCCCCCACGCAGGAGAACACAGUGCACAGCACAGUGCACAGCACUGUGCACCACCCGCACCACGAUUUGAAAAUGAUGGACGAGUCGGAGGUCCCUGAUGUGUCUUUCAUGGUUGAAGUUGGGACAUAUAAAUUAGAGGUGUCUCCUGCACACAGCCCAGACUCCUCGUACUACGACUUCAACGACAUUAUAGUCACGAUCAGUCAGCCUGUGCCUCUGGAGAGAGACCCUCUGAAGAUGGGCUUCAGUGUGAAUGAGCCGCGCACCAGCCCAGGCAGCCAGUGGAGCGAGGAGUCCUCAGGAGGGGACAUCGAUUCUCUGUACACCUCCCUGACGCCCUCACUGUCGCCCCCCGCAGAGCUGUGGAGCACUACACCCCCCCUGACCCUGUUCACCCUGUAGGACGGGAGCAGCUCUCCACCGGAGCGGAGGCCAUUCCAAACGCAACAGACUCUUUAAUGGACUGCACACGAGAUGCAGUCGCUGAGCGGAGUGAGACUUUCGCUCACUAACUAAAAGCCAUUAGCUCCACUUACUGCUGUUGUGUCCGUAGCAAGACACUAACCCAAGUAGUUUUGAAAGGUGAUUGAAUGUAGUUUGCAUUAUAAACUGGAAAAUAUUUGAAAAGGACGGCAGGACACGUCUGAAAUGGAUGUUUUGAGUUUUCUAUUUUUCUAUUAUUUUCUACUAUGUUCAAUAUUCCCUGUCAUAUUUUAAUUAGGCUCUAUUAAGGCUAAAACAUUAGACAUGCACAAUAUUGGCUCUGUACAUUAAAGCCCCACUGUGUAACAUUUCAGUCAAAACCAGAAAGCAUUAUAACACAAGGUAUUUUAUUAAGGGGUUUGCGAAAAGACCUCGUAUUGUUACUGCGAGCGAGCUUACGUCUCCAUGGACCUGACUCGUACUUUGGCACAUCUCCUGCUUGUUUCCAUGGAGAUGUUAUCGUUUUGCAUCUUCAGUGGAAAAUGUUCCGACGUACGGCCAGUGUUGGGAAGGUGACUUUUAAAAUGUAAUCCCCUACAGAUUACAGAUUACACACACCAAAAUGUAGUUUGUAACGGAAUCCAUUAAAUUACUUAAAGUGAGUAAUGUAAUCUGAAUACUUUGGAUUACUUGAUUUGCUGUAGAGAAGCAAAGACGAGGAAAUCUUCACAUAAGAUGUUUUAUCUGCUAAAAGAAAAUAAAAAAGCAGAGUCUUUA